AUGAUAUUCUUAUUGUUUUCGUUUUUAUUGAGUGCAUCUGCUGCGUUUCAGCCGUGCCCACUCCCUGGUGCCGCAUUUCUCCCUCCAAAACAUUUGGCCACAGAUCAGAACUUCAAGCAGCUGGCGGUAAAUCUGACUAAAAAGCUCGACAGGGCUUUGAACAGUGGUCAAAGUAGUUAUGGCCCGGUUCAGAAGGACAACACAGCGUACUCAGUGUCAGUUUUCGCCGUUGAUAACCCAGAUUUACUAUCCCAAUGGCAUCACACACCAGAUAUGAUCAAAAACUCGUCAUUCGGUGUACAGACAGUGGAUGCAAACUCGGUCUAUCGUAUUGCCAGCGUUUCAAAGCUUGUCACGGUCUACGCGCUGCUCGCAUCGAUAGGAGACCAAUACUGGCACCGGCCGGUCACGGACUUUGUUCCUGAACUACAGCAGCACGUCGAGGAGGAUACGAAAAGUGCACUGGAAUACGUGCAGUGGGAUCAAGUGACGCUUUCAGACCUGGCUAGCGAGAUUAGUGGAGUUACUCGAGAUUUCAUCGCCAGAAAGAAUGAUAUCUCGUUUAUUCCUGCAUCUGUCGCGCAGAUGGUGGGCCUACCUGCUCUCUCCCCGGACGACCUUCCACCAUGCCUUCUCAAUGCCACAGGCACAGUGCAAGACUGUGAUAGAACCGAAUUCUUCGCAUCUAUCGACACUCGACAGCCUAUCUUCCCCUCGGGACUAAAGGCGGCGUAUAGUAAUACAGCAUUCCUAAUCCUCGGUUACGCCAUGGAGAGUAUUACUGGCCGCUCGUUCGGAGACAUCCUCGAUCAAAGCAUUAUCGAGCCGUUAUCGCUGAACCGUACAUUCUACAGUAAACCUGAGGAUAGCAUGGGCGUUAUUCCUAGCACUCCGUGGGAAUCACUGUGGAACUUGGUCACCGCUUUGCCUGCUUCUGGUGGCAUGUAUAGCUCUUCUUCCGACCUAGCUGUUAUAGGCCGGUCGAUCCUCUCCUCGGAACUCCUGACUCCUGCGACAACCAGGUCCUGGCUGAAACCAGAUGCUUUUACUACAUCUGUUAAUACAGCCGUCGGGAAAUCAUGGGAGAUAUAUCGCUUUCCUCUGUAUGAGCACCGAAAUGUGGAUGCAUAUACCAAGUCUGGCUCGCUUGGGGCGUACACAUCCAAUAUCAUCCUUCUCCCGGAGUUCGGCGUAGGAUACUCCGUGCUAACCGCAGGCCGUGCUCUCGAAGCUCCUGUCACUCGAACCAUCGCCGAAUCCCUCAUCCCGGGACUCGAAGAAAUUGCCAGACUACAGAGUGUCGAGAACCUGGUUGGUACCUUCCGCGCCAUGGAUGGAGGACUGAACUCGUCCAUGAUAUUUACGUCUGAUGCGGGGCUUCCUGGUCUGGGUGUCUCGUCGUUUAUAUCGGAUGGGAAAGACGUUGUUGCCAACCUUGGAAGUCAAUUUCUGGGAUCGGGCCAAGGACUAAGCCUUAGACUGUAUCCGGCAGAGCUUGAACAAGAUGUUGGGGAUGGAACGCGGAGGAUUGGGUUUCGUAUAGCCUAUGAAGUUGUCGAAGAGGCACAGAACAGCCCGUUCGCGGCUUGUGCGACCUGGUUUGGCGUGGAUGGCCUUAGUUAUGGGAGACAUGGCGUCGACCAAGUGGUGUUCACGGUAGAUGAGAAUGGACGGGCACUGAGCGUGGAACCACUACUCCUCGACGUGGUGUUGACUAAAGUAGGUUCAUGACUGGGCACAUAG